CACACCAUGCAACCCUACUAUAAGAGGAGGAUGAGAAUUAGGGUUUCGACUUCAUCUCGCAGCGGCUCCUGGCCAUUUGGUUCUUGCAAGCUUCAACGGCGUACUCUUCGAUCUCUCUAUCGCAAAAAUGAUUAUUCCGAAGAAGAAUCGCCAUGAGAUCUGCAAGUACCUCUUUCAGGAGGGGGUGCUCUACGCUAAAAAGGACUACAACCUUGCUAAGCAUCCGGAUAUCGAUGUGCCAAAUCUGCAGGUGAUCAAGCUGAUGCAGAGCUUUAAAUCGAGGGAGUACGUGAGGGAGACCUUUGCUUGGCAGCACUAUUAUUGGUAUCUGACCAAUGAUGGUAUUGAGUAUCUGAGAACUUUCCUUAAUCUUCCAUCUGAGAUCGUUCCUGCUACUUUGAAAAAAUCUGCACGGCCGCCUGCCCGCCCGUUUGGCUCUGGUCCUCCGGGUGACCGGCCCAGAGGGCCGCCAAGAUUUGAGGGAGACCGACCGAGAUUUGGCGAUAGGGAUGGGUAUCGUGGAGGUCCACGCCCAGGGGGGCCUUCAGGAGAGCUUGGUGACAAGGGUGGUGCGCCACCUGAAUUCCAACCAUCUUUCAGGGGUUCUGGCAGUAGGCCUGGAUUUGGACGUGGAGGUGGAGGAUAUGGAGCCGGUCCUGGAGCUGGAUCUGCUGCUUCUCUUCAGUAGAAAGAUUGACUAGAACUAUAAGUAGAGGUUUAAUGUCAUUUUUUACAACAUAUUUUUCUCUUAAAAAGUGAGAAAUUGCCUAAGUUAAGUUCAAACUAAUCCCUUCCUGAAAUUGACAUUCUACUUGUUGCUGCAUUUAUUCAGUUACUAUAUGAUAUCUGAUUUUAUCAAAAAAAAGGGGGGAACUCCUUUUUGAUCAA